AAACUUUUCAGUCUACGAGUCCCGACACCAAGACCCGCACUACACUUCAAAACUCGGCCUUCCCUCCUCAAGGUGAGCUUGAAUUUUCAUCUCAAAACGUUGCUAGGGCACUUUUCGACCAGUAUAUAACCUUCCGGAUGGUUGGGAGCACUGGAAAUGGCUGGAUGGAGACCGGAUCGGUUGGAUUGGCUUCCAAGACCAAACUGACUUGUUCUACAGACCUCUGCAAUGGCCACGACGAAAACUACCAAGGGCAAAGCCCCACAGAACACCAAAGACGCAAAGGCCAAAGCAGCAAAGAAGGCAGCGUUGCAGGGUGCUCAAUCUCACUCAUCGCGCAAGGCGCGCCAUUCAGUUUCCUUUCACCGACCCAAGACCCUACGCUUGCCUAGGAGCCCAAAGUACCCCAGGAAGAGCGUUCCUCAUGCACCUCGGAUGGAUCAGUUUAGGACGAUCGUUUCACCUCUGAACACGGAGUCGGCCAUGAAGAAGAUUGAGGAGCACAACACCCUGGUGUUCAUUGUUGACAUCCAAUCGAACAAGCGUCAGAUUAAGGACGCCGUAAAGAAGCUGUAUGAUGUUAAUGCCUUAAAGGUCAACACCCUGAUCAGACCGGAUGGGAAGAAAAAGGCAUAUGUUCGCUUAACACCUGACCACGAUGCUCUUGACGUGGCGAACAAGAUUGGUUUCAUCUAAGAUAGGCUAUCCUUGUUUGUUCGUACACUAUGCUACCUUUGUAUGUUCCAUGUUUGAUGCAAGCCAUGCCUACUGAGCCGAAUAAAAAGAACAAUCCAAG